AAUCCUCCACAUCUAGAAGAAAAAGUCAACAACUCAAUUUAAAAAUGGGCAAGACUUAAACAGGACUUCCCAGAAGAGGAGGCCCCUGUGACUUGUGAGUGUCUAAAACACGAACGUCAGUCACACUCGGGGACCUGCUGCGACAGCUGCACUCGGACACCACUUUACAUACACCAGACUGACGAAGUUAACAAGCCUUAGGGAGGACGUGGAACGCGGAACAACGGGAACUCUCUGAACCGCCGCUUGGGAUGACAGCCCAGCUUUGUCUUGCAAGUGACAAAGGUGUCUUAGCACACCUGCUAAGGAAAAAAUCAGCAACAAAAAAAGCACACGCCUGAGCCUUUUUGCAGGCAUUAGACGUGGGGACAUGAUUUGGACUGUGAAAGCACGUGUGUGAGCGGUAACCUCUGUCCAGCCGUGUGCGUGAUCUGUGGUCAGCAGCACCUCCCAUGAGGAACCACAGUCUGGACACAGGGAUGACCCUGCCCAUUUAAGAACAAUCCCACACUCAGAACACAACUUAACGUUACUCUCUCUGAUUUUGUAUAAAAUUCCUUCCCCCAAAUCCUUGGGAACCAAGAUCAACAUCCAUGUGUCUGCAUGAAAAGGGCAAGUGACCGAAGAGUCUCGAUGCCCACAUACAGAGAGAAGUUCGCAAUAUUCCGUGAGGAGAUGAGGACAUGCCUGGUGAGACGAUCUCGAAAUUCCAGGGACAAAAAGCCCAAGUUUCAGAAUGGAGAUUGCAUGGGGAAGAGGUCGGGAGAGACGAUCGCAGGGCACAUGCUGGGGCUUGGGGGUGUCAGCAUUGUUCUGUGUCAUCAUCGUGCGUGCAUGGGAACUGAGUGCCGGAGGGGCUGGUUCCCAGGGCUGUGUGGGCAAGCGACCUUUCUCGACCACAGCCCUAGACUUGGUGGGUGUGAGAGAGGAGGGAGCAGUCUUGCCUCAGGCGCUGUUCCUCGGGUUUCUGUGGCUUGCAGGCUGGGACUGUGACCCCCGCCUGGAGGACGGGAGGGACUGGGGGUAGAUUCUCUCUGGAGGUGAAGGUUCUCAGCCCCACCCACCAGCCUGCCCACCUAGCAGCUGCCUGUGGGGUGGGGUGUGCUCCGGACAAAGAGGAAGUAGCAGAAGAGGAAACUGCUCCAGGAGGUGGGCGCGGAGACUGGCCGGCCUGAGUCUGCCCAGGGAGCUGAGGGCCUGCAGUCUGUGGCUGGAGCCAGGAUGGACACCAAGGCAGGACCACCAGAGCCCCACCCCUGCUGUAGCCCUCGUCCUCCUGGGAAGCCGGGACAGUCUCUGUCUCAGUACUGGAGGCCCACAGCCACCCCAGGCCCCUGGGGGCGCGGUCCUGCCCAGCUGCAGGUCCUGGGAAUGCUGGCCGUGCUGUGGCUGGGUGCCGGGACCCUCACCUACCUUCUGUGGCAACUGCCCACUCCUGGUACCCGGGGCCAGGUGCACCCUGAGGAAGUGCCCCCGGCCUGGGCGCCCACGGGACAAGAUGGGGAGGAGUCCUGCCGGCUUGUCAUCGUGGAGAGUGUCCCCCAGGACCUGCCGUCUGCAGCCGGCAGCCCAUCUGCCCAGCCACUGGCCCGGGCCUGGCUGCAGCUGCUAGACACUGCCCAGGAGAGUGUCCACGUGGCCUCCUACUACUGGUCCCUCACGGGCCACGACAUCGGGGUCAAUGACUCAUCUUCCCAGCCGGGGGAGGCCCUUCUGCAGAAGCUGCAGCAGCUGCUGGACAGGAACGUCUCCCUGGCUGUGGCCACCAGCAAGCCGACGCUGGCCAGGGAGUCUACUGACCUACAGGCCCUGGCAGCCCAAGGUGCCCAGGUGCGACAGGUGCCCAUGGGGCAUCUCACCAGAGGUGUUUUGCACUCCAAGUUCUGGGUCGUGGAUGGACGGCACGUGUACCUGGGCAGUGCCAACAUGGACUGGCGGUCUCUGACUCAGGUGAAAGAGCUUGGCACCAUCAUCUACAACUGCAGCCACCUGGCCCGAGACCUGGAGAAGACCUUCCAGACCUACUGGGUGCUGGGGGCGCCCCAGGCCGUCCUCCCCAAAACCUGGCCUCAGAACUUCUCAUCCCACAUCAACCUUGCCCAGCCCUUCCAGGGCCUCUUUGACGGGGUGCCCACCACCGCCUACUUCUCGGCUUCGCCGCCCGUGCUUUGCCCCCGAGGCCGCACCCGAGACCUGGACGCGCUGCUGGCGGUGAUGGGGGCUGCCCAGGAGUUCAUCUACGCCUCAGUGAUGGAGUAUUUCCCCACCACGCGCUUCGCCCGCCCCGCCAGGUACUGGCCAGCGCUAGACGACGCGCUGCGCGCGGCGGCCUUCAGCAGGGGAGUGCGCGUGCGCCUGCUGGUCAGCUGCUGGCUCCACACGGACCCCGCCAUGUUCCCCUUCCUGCGCUCCCUGCAGGCCCUCAGCAACCCCGCGGCCAACAUCUCCGUGGACGUGCAGGGUGAACCACAGCAAGUUCAUGGUCACGGAGAGGGCGGCCUACAUAGGCACCUCCAACUGGUCAGAAGAUUACUUCAGCAGCACCUCGGGCGUGGGCCUGGUGGUCAACCAGACGGCCCCUUGCGCCCGGCUGGGGGUGGCCACCGUGCAGGAGCAGCUGCGGCAACUCUUCGAGCGGGACUGGAGUUCCCGCUACGCCGUGGGCCUGGAUGGACAAGCUCCAGGCCAGGAUUGCGUGUGGCGCAGCUGAGGCCUGGCCCUUCUUGGCUCCGGGUGGACACUGGGCCCCCCAGGCCUUCCCCUCUCUCCCUCUGCCUGGGCUUUCAGCCCAAGCCUGCUGGGGUCAGGACUGCUCUUGGUGCUACCUGCAAACCAUUCCCUCCUCUCUGCUCUCCACACCCAGCCCCUCCUAAGCCCACCUCUGCCAGAAAGCCCCCCAGCCUGGCCGCCUCUGACACCCAGAGAACCCGUCCUGGCCCAUGAGCCAGGCCUAAAGAAUGCUGUGUGCUUCCCAA